CUUCGGACCUGGACGCACACAUUUGACACAAGUGUCGAAGGUUCUGAAAAGAGACACACAAAAUAACUUGCUAACGUUAGCUGAAACGUUCUUCUUGUUCCGUUUCUUGUGGAGAGUGGGUUUACAGAAAUUGUGAAAUAGGAUGGAUGGAGAAGAGAGGACCUACGGUGGCUGUGAAGGGCCAGAUGCCAUGUAUGUGAAGUUGAUCUCAUCAGAUGGCCAUGAAUUUAUUGUGAAAAGAGAACAUGCCUUGACAUCUGGGACUAUCAAAGCCAUGUUGAGUGGUCCAGGUCAGUUUGCUGAGAAUGAAACAAAUGAAGUGAACUUUAGAGAGAUCCCUUCUCACGUCCUGUCCAAGGUCUGCAUGUAUUUCACCUACAAGGUCCGUUACACCAACAGCUCCACAGAAAUCCCAGAGUUCCCCAUCGCUCCGGAGAUCGCACUGGAACUUCUCAUGGCUGCAAACUUUCUGGAUUGCUAAAGUGAUAAAGAUGAUGUAGCAGCUUAAAGAGUAUUAGAUAUUUGUCUUCUUGAUUAUUUAACUUGUUUUGCCACAUACAUCAUAUAAAGUAUGAUUGCCAUUAA